GGCUGGUGGGCUAUGCGGAGGAGGAAAGGGAAACGCGGCUCCAUCACACACUAGCUCCCUAGAGCACUGCAGCUCUCAGACUGGCUGGCUGCACUGGUCUCCGGCUUUGCGGGGGCGCCUGCCUUCCUCCAGGCUCCCCACACGCGCCCUCUCCUUCCCCGCCUUGCUCCAGGCUGUCCCAACUUCCUCUCUAAUUUUGGCUGCCUUCUGCAGAAAGUUUGGAGCGCCUCAGAGAAGCUGAGCUACACCUGUAGUAUCGAGGGUUUGGAGUAUAGGCGCCUCAGAAACCCUAACAGCUCACCUGCCGCCAAAGGUUAGGGAACUGGGAGCCUGGGAGGAGACCAAGGACUGAGACGAUGAACUAUGGAGCUCUAGCACUCUGCUGCCCUCAGCGACCUAGGAUGCUUGCUCUGUGGCGUGGUGUCCCGUCUGUCUUGGUCUUCUGCCUCUUGUUCGCCCUGCUUGAGACUCCAGGUCUUGCCAAAAAAGCAACCCUGAUGGAACCAAAACUGAGCAUUUUGGGAGAUCAAGUGGUGAUCCAAGCUGGCGGAACAUUUGACAUUACCUGCAGAGGAUUGGCUGCCAUGACCUGGAGAUGGCGUACUGGACCUGCAACUGAUCGAGCCCGCAUCUUGGAGCAUCCCUGCUCUGAUAACCCCCUUUUCACUUGCAACCAGCUCACCAUCUUCCGCACAGAAGCUGGGGACACUGGCUACUUCACAUGUAGCUACAAGGAUGUUGCUGACACCAAGGAUCCUAAUGGCAAGGCCAGUGUCUAUGUGUAUGUCAAAGAUGACAGCCAGACCUUUGUAGAGACCUAUGAUGACAUACCAAAGGUGAUCACUGUGCUUACUGAAACCCAAGAGGUGCUUGUACCAUGUCGUGUCACUUCUCCUGACAUUGAUGUUAAGCUUCAUCUGUUUCACCCAGCCACCUUCACCUAUGCAGGCCAGAACUGGGAUCCUAGGAAAGGCUUCACUGUAACUCGACCAUCUUAUCACUUCUAUAGUAGCAUAAUUCAGUGUAUUGCAGAAGUCAAUGGGAAGAUUCACAAAUCGCUCUAUCUUCCACAGCGUUUGGAAAUCAAGAGAGAAAAUAUCUCUAUCAAAUACAACCACCAGAGACUUCUGUUAGGAGACACCCUUUUCCUGCAGUGUGUUGCAGAAACCACAUACAAUGGACGGAUCAAACUGGAUUGGGUAUUUAACCGGAAAGAUUCUAAGAAAACCCCCAGGUGUUGCGAAGUUAAAAGGAACUUGUACCAAGGUUCCACUGUGUACAAAAGCUAUAGUAAUUUGACCAUAUGGAAUGUAACCAUGGAAGACAAGGGUUUGUACGUAUGCAGAGAAGACAACAACACUGCCCUACAAGCCAACAUCACCAUCACUAUAUACAAGAAACCAUUCCUCAAUGUGAGCUACAAGAGAAGCCGCAUUUAUGAAGUCACAGCUGGACAAAGAAUGUUUAAAAUAGGAGUAAGGGUGGAUGCUUUUCCUCAGCCCAAUGUCACCUGGUUCAAAGAUGGAAAGCCACUCCCAGAAAACCAUACCUUCCAAUAUGACCCUCUUCAAUACAGAUUCACAAUCCUGGAAGUGAACGUGGGACAUGCUGGGAACUACACUUUUGCUCUGAGCAACACCAAACAUGGCCUGUAUAAAAAUCUUACCAUACAACUAAUUGUUAAUGAAAAACCUAAAAUCUAUGAGAAGGAGACAGAUUUAAAGAACAUUCAGCCAGUGUUCCUGGGCAGUGAGAAAAUUCUUCAUUGUACUGCAAGUGGUCUUCCUACACCUUCCUUCUUAUGGGCCUGGGAACCCUGCAGCCAGGUGGAUGAGUUGUGUAUGCAACGGGGCAAACGUAUGCAGCUUUCCAACAAGACACAGAAAAGUGACCUCACUACAGGCAACAGGAUUCUUUCUAUUGAAGAAAUGGUAUUGAAACAUGGAGAAAAGACUAAGAUCCGGAGCACAUUGACCAUACUGGGCAGCAGCAUUUCUGGUGUUUAUUACUGCAUUGCUAUAAACAAGGUUGGCAUUGAUGAGAGAAGCAUGCAGUUCUUUGUUUCAGAUGUGGCUGAUUUCGUGGAAGCAGAACCUUUAGUGUCUACAAUUGAAGGCUAUGAUGCUCGGCUCAAGUGCAAGGCAGCUAAAUAUAUAUAUAAUCAGCUUGCUUGGUUCAGCCCCUCUGGAGAGAAGAUUCCUGUUACAGACACUGAAAGUUUCAGAACUAACUAUUCCGUUUUAUCAACUCUGGUGAUUAAAAAUGUGACACAACAGGAUAAGGGACAGUACAAGUGCAAGGCUUGGACACAGAUGAACAUAACCAAAAUGAUGCAGCGCAAUACCCAGCUCGUAAUUAGAGAAAGAGUUGCCCCAUUCAUUAUUGAGAAUCUCACCAAUAUUGAAGUCAAUACUAGUGGGAAGAUUUUACUAAAUUGCAAGGUGGAUGGAGUGCCAUGCCCCCAGAUCCACUGGUUCAAAAAUGGAGUUCCUGUUCUUCCUGCUGUAGGAAUAUUCUUUAAGAACAACACUCUAAUUAUUGAGAGAGCCAAAAAAGAUGAUGGGGGCCUAUACUUGUGCAAAGCAACCAAUGAGUUGGGAGAAGUGAGCACAGCAGCUUUUAUCACUGUGGAGGUUUCUGAAGAGAAAUCCAAUAUUGAAGUCAUCAUUCUUGUUUGUACUGGACUCACAGCUACACUUUUCUGGCUUCUUCUAACUUUGAUCAUUCGCAAACUUCAAAAGCCUAAUGUGUCAGAAAUAAAAACUGGCUACCUCUCCAUCAUAAUGGAUCCUGAAGAGAUGCCUCUUGACCAACAAUGUGACAGGCUUCCCUACGAUGACAGUAAAUGGGAAUUUCCGAGAGAUCGGUUACAGCUGGGUAAAAUUCUUGGUCAUGGUGCCUUUGGUAAAGUGAUGGAAGCUUGUGCCUUUGGCAUUGACAGAGCGUCAACUUGUAAAACAGUGGCAGUGAAAAUGCUUAAAGAUUGUGCAACAUCCAGUGAGUGCAAAGCUUUGAUGUCAGAAUUGAAGAUCCUCAUUCACAUUGGUCAUCACCUCAAUGUGGUCAACUUACUUGGUGCUUGCACUAAGCCUGGAGGUCCUUUGAUGAUCAUAGUAGAAUUCUGCAAAUAUGGAAAUCUGGCCAACUUCCUGAGAGGAAAGAGAGGAGAUUUUAUUGCUUCCAAGUCUCAGCUCAAUAUGGAAAAAAAGAUGAAGACUAUUCAUGAUUUGGACAAUGAUCUUACACAGCUGACUAAGUACCGUCUGCAGAGCAUGGCUAGUACAGGAAGUUCCACCAGCUCAGGUUUCAUUGAGGACAAGAGUUACAGUGAAUCUGAUGAGGAAGAAGGAAGUAACCACCACCUUGUGGGGGCCACAUCCAUCCACCAAGUAGACACAGAUGAUCUCUACAAGUGCCCUCUCACUUUGGAGGAUCUGAUCUGCUAUAGCUUUCAAGUAGCCAAGGGCAUGGAGUUCCUCGCUUCCAGAAAAUGCAUCCAUCGAGACUUAGCUGCUCGGAACAUCCUUCUAGCUGAUAACAAUGUUGUGAAGAUCUGUGACUUUGGUUUGGCCAGGGACAUAUACAAUGAUCCUGAUUAUGUUUGGAAAGGAGAUGCAAGACUCCCACUUAAGUGGAUGGCUCCUGAAGCUAUUUUUGACAAGAUUUAUACCACCCAGAGUGAUGUGUGGUCCUUUGGAGUUUUGCUUUGGGAAAUAUUUUCUCUGGGGGCUUCACCAUAUCCAGGAGUUCAAAUAGAUGAGGACUUCUGCCAUCAGCUUAAGCAGGGAACAAGAAUGAGAUCACCUGAGUAUUCCACUGCUGAAAUCUACCAGACUAUGCUUGACUGCUGGCACAGUGAAUGCACUUUGAGGCCUAACUUCUCUGAUCUGGUCAAGCGGCUUGGAGAUCUCCUUCAAGCCAAUGUUCAGCAGGAUGGCAAAGACUAUAUACCCCUCAGCGUCACUGAUGCAGUUGCUAACUUUACUGUACUGGACCCCGUGCAAACAACCUUGAAAAAUGAUAUCAUUCUGGAAGACAGCAUCGAUCCCCUGAAGGAACCACUAAUUUGGUCAUUUGAUGAAGUAGAGGUAUCCAAGGAACAGAAAGAAGCUGUGUUUGAGGAUAGUGAAGGAGACUAUGUGACUACUCCUCAUUGGGAUGAGGUCAAUAGCCAGAAGUGCCUGGAAAUCCACUCCUGGACCCAUGGGAUCAUGACUUUGCCCCUGAAAGGUAUCAACAAGAGCAAGGAGUCCCUUCUGAUGGAGACUGAACUGGAUCUUGUAAAGUAUAAUUUGGCCUCUGAGCUUGAAGAGGAAGAACAGAUGGAAGAUAGCGCUCUCCUGCCUCUGGAUCCCACUCUUGAGUGCCAUAGUCCACCUCCUGACUAUAAUCUUGUGGUCCACUGCAGCACUCUGCCUAUGUAACUCACUAUUGGCUCCCUUCCUUUGCCAUCCUUUUGCAUGUCACUCCCUUUCCUCCUAACAAUCAGUUCUUUUCAUAUCUAUGUCAUGGUAACACUACUAAAUUGACACUGAAGAAGGGGAGAAACAGUAUUUUGGCCAAUAAUCUCAGUUCCUUACACUUUCAAAAGGGACAUAACUGGUCCAAGUCGAGCUCCCAAACCUGACACAGAGACAGAAGCAAGUUCACUCUCAAUAUUUGCCACUAAACAGCUAUCAAAUCACUUACAUAUGACCAGUCCCAUUAGCUCUGUGUGUGCUUCUCACUAACCUGUCCCAUUAUUCUUUCAUAAAGGAUACUAGGGGGAAUAAUCUCUGGCUUCUCCUCAAAGACCUUCAUGUUCUCCAGGUACAUAAAUAGUGAACUAACCAACAUUCCAUCAUUCUGUUCAAAUAUUCUUUUUCAUAUCCCACUGUGGAUAUGUUAUCUAUUUUUUCUUUGUUGGUAUUUUAUUAAUUUUUUGUCUUAACUUACCCUUUUCAUUUUUGAGUAUAACUUUAUGUAGCCAUAUGUGUGUGUAUACAACCUUUUGUUUCUAACUUGUUAUCAGAAACCAACAAUGAUGUGUGAAAUUGAUAGUGUUUUUAUAUGCAGAACAGCAUCUCUCAUGAAGGGUGAAAAAUGAUUUCUAACAAUAAUUGGAGUACAUCAAUAACCAUAAGAUUGUUGCUGGCUGGCCCUGUCAUUUAUACAAGUCUUAGUUUAAGACUCUGAGCUGGUAAACCAUGAAACCCCUCAUCGCUCACUUACUCCUCCUUUCCUACUAUUGGGCAAAAAGGGUCUAUGAAUCUCUCGGUGCCCUCUCAACCUUAUAGUGAAGUACUUCCUCCAAAUGGGAUGUUGUUCUGAAAUGCAGCAACCAAAACCAUUUGUCUUAGUAAACAGCUAAGAGAAAGCAAUGAGAAGAAUAGAAUUUCACUCUUUGUCUUCUGCUUCAAAUAGAAAAUCUCGUUCCCUCCUCAGAAGAAAAGGGCAAUCCUUUCCUCCUGUUCCUUGCCACACCAAGCAAAAUGUGAACAGGAAUCCCUGGCUGAUCAAUAGAUGAAGGUUAGGGGAAAGAAAACAAGUAUCCUUCAAAUUCCCAGUGCAGCAAAAUAAUCCCACCAUAUAAGAGUCUACUCUCUAUCUCUCAUAUUUCACUUCCUUUGUGGACUAUGAUCUUACUGGUCUAAAACCAUUCCAGCAAAAACCUCAAACGUAAGAUUUGCAAAUAAAGCACAAACUCAAAUAUAUCCCCAACACUACAGAGCUUCACCUUAUAUAGUUCUUUGCCUAGAUUGAAAAUAUGCACCAAAAAACUCCCCCCACUUCCCCUUUAAAUUGUAUCUGAUUAUGCAAUCAAAUUAAUGUCUUGUAUUUUAAUAAAAAUGUCUGUAUGUAUUUCA